ACAAAGAUCUCAUCCUUUCGUAAAAGUUUUCUGCCUCCAUCUAUACUCACACCCUCGUAGACUAACCGUCUUCGCCCCUUUCACCCAGCACUACAACGAGUUUACUACAACACCACAGCCACGAAACUACCCAGUCUAAGUAAGAGAUCAUCACAAUAAUUCAUAUCAAUCCACAACAUACGAAACUAUAACGAUAUCGAAGCCAGCAUACACACCCACAAGUAUCUAGAAUGUCUGCAGUCUCAGACAACCACACCGACAAAUUGACCAACGAAACACACUCAUCCACCAUCUCAUCCUCCUACACAAAGAUAACCAUGGACAUAUGCAACAGAAUCUCAAGCACAGAGCCCAUCAUCUGCUCAUCCGCCUCCACAACCUCCCUAGUAUCCCUCAAAGGCAUCACUAGAGACGACAUCGAAAGCCUCUUCUCCUGGCCCACCACCACAAGAUCACCCCUAACAUCCUUCUUUACACCUCUAAACGACAACCUCGUCUCCUUCGAGGACGAAAUCUCCAGUGACUCGGGUACUACCACCGCAUCCUGGAACGAAUGGGAUCUCGACCCUGGACUGAACUUCGAUAAUUCCAUUUCCAAUAACGUCGCCCCGACCAGGCAUCCGUAUAUUCCACAGACACCAUGGGAGCUUGACUACGACGAUGACAAUGAAGGUGGAUGUCUCAUCAUUCACGACCCAACCAUCCUCCUCACUACUCUCAAACAGAACGAUGUAUCUGCGUUCCUCAAGAGAAGGGAAUGCGGCAUCCCUGUCUUCCGCGGCGAAAACUUGGUGAUUAGGAACUUCGACUCUAAUAUCCAUGAGUUAAUUAACGACCCAGCCCCAUGGACUCCAUAUACUCUCUCGACAAGACUUCUUACUCUAGAGGGUCAUAUCCAGGAUACGCCUGGCACAAAGCUCUCGACCAAAUAUCCCCUAUCAAAACUUGGGGGCGCAGGAAGGUCGGGCACAGGGUUACCUGGCUUAUUGACCAGGUAUUCCGGUACCAUGGCAUUUGCGUUCGGGGGUUCGGUGUGGGUGUGGCUUGUGUUUCUAGUCUUAGGCGGCUGGUGCCUGUUGUUAGGUUGGAGGCGGCGAGGGAAGUCCCUGUUAGGGCUUGGAGCGGGGCCGUGAGGGAUGUUGGGCUGGCUGGGUUGUGGGAUUUGAUAGUUGGGUCGAGUAGGGAGGGGAGUGUGGAGGUUGAUGUUGAUGUGGAUUUUGGUUGUGGGGGUUUGGAUAUCGAUCGGUUGUUUUCUUCUUCAUCUUCUUCCCUUCCUCCUAGGGGUAGUGAGGACAAGGAGAAGGCGCGGGAGUGUUUGAUUUAUCUUGGGGGCAGGGGGUAGAGAUAUCUUGUUAAGGUGUUAGUGAUGAGUUGCCUUUUUCCUGCGGCUGAGUUUUUCCCCUCCGUAUUAUGUGGGUUUUACGGUCGUAGGUUUUUUAAUGGCGCUCGUGUUCUCUUUUUUUUGGAUGUUCAGUUGCUGUGAUGAAGUUAGGGUUACGUUCGGUGUACGGUCAAUUACGUAUGCCUGUGGCUAGAUCAUCGUUAAAUUAAUGUCAUUCAGUUAUAUCUAGA